AUGGCCAAUAUUGACGAUGAUGUUCCAGCCAAUGGUAUCCACGAAAACACUAGCAUGACAGCCAGACCAUCAUCCUUCGCUCUCUCCACGCUUCAUCUUCUUGCAAGCCGAGCAAAUUUGCCUCAUUUGCCGGACUUCCCCUCCGCAUCUCUAUGGGUAAUACCAAGGCACGUCCCCAACUCGUGCGAAUGGAUAUGGUGGAGCAAUCGCAUCCGGAAACAACAGUCUGUUUACCAGCUGAUCAAUCGCCAACCACAAGAAUACUUGCACGCAAAGUCUCUUCGCCGCGCACGCACCACCUCAUCUGCACAGAACGCAAAGGGCAUGCUUGUUCUCAGUAGACUGCCUGAUUCGUGCUUCCGGAAGCAAAAGCCGAAAUGCGUGGAUUGCCAAUGUGUUAUUGCACCUAUUGCUUCAUUUACAUGGAAGAAUAUUGCUGCUGCUGCUGCUGCUGCUGAUGAUGAUGAUGAUGAUGGUGGUGGUGGUGCCUACAACCACUCUUGA